GUUUGUGUAACACCCUGUAGAGAGAAUCGCAACACCAUCUUAAUUACCGAUUAUUCUGUUACUAAUCUAUCAGACACACAAACCUUAACCCAGCAAAGGUUCAAUCAAUCAGACCAACUCAAAAGUCUACAAGUUCAUUGAGACUGUAUGUCAGUCAGAGACAAUUGUUAUUGGUUUUAAAAAGGAGAGGAAGCGCAACACGUCAUUUUGUCUGGAUCUUCUAGAUGCUUGUUUAAAGGAAACCUUGGAGCCUGUCUUCGAGCUGACAGAGAAUAAACGUAUUAACAGGUCUGAUGGGAACUAGUUCAUUGUGUUAACUUGGCGCGUGUAAUUUAAUCAGAAUUGACAACGCGUGUCAAGUGGGCGAAUUCAAAUUGAGCAGAAAAUAAAAGACAGAAAAUAAAUAGAAGCUUUCAUUUGAAGACUUAAUUUCAGGAGUGUUUUAUGUUUUUGAACAAAUCCGACUUGACAAGGAAAAUUUAACCUAAUAGACAAAGAUCUGUCUUCAGAGCAUGCAAGUGGCAACAGUUGAGAACAUAAUUCUAGCGAUUGUUUUAUUCACCAUGACGGGAGCAGCUCAACGAAGACCAAGACGACGAUUUUGCGAAGUAUAUCCAUUUGCUCGCCGAUGUUUGGGAGUAGCUGCUAAAAGAGACGUUAGUGCUAAUAUGAAUACAGAAAAAAAUCGGGAACUUAAAUUGUUGGAACUAAAAGAUUUGCUUGAUAGAAAAGGAUAUGCAGCAAAAACAGACUCGCGACGAAGCAUGGUGUCCUCCGAAAACGAUGUCCUAAUAAAUGCCAUCAACAGGAUUCUACAUAAAAAACAAACAUUAUCAGGAUCCAAACAUCAGGACAAAGUUUUUCUUCAGUUUGACGGAUUUUCACAACCCCACGAAGAUUAUCCUGUUGACUUUUGGCAGUCUCGCUGAUAACUAAAAUUAAUAACAACUAACUAUAAUUUACACUCUGUAUAGAAACAACAUGUGAAAUCUUUCGGAAAUUUUGAAAUUUAAUUUAAUAGCAUUGGUCGGUAUAGAAAAAAAUGAAAUGAUAUAUAGCAAUUAAAUUAUGGAAAUAAAUCUGUUUCAAUGAUUAGAAGUAUUUGAUGUUUCGAUUUGGUAAUAUUGGAAAAAAUUAUAGCGAAUAACUUUGUAUAGACAUAAAACUAUAAUCUUAUUCUUAUUAUAUAUUUGUUUUGUUAUAGUUGUUUUAGAUUUAAGUUUAUUUUCGAAAUAAAAUUGUUUAAAAUAC